CUCGAUCUUCUCUCCGCGCAGUAGCACAGCCCAUCAGCUGUUCCUUUUGCCUGGCGAUAGUCCACUCCAGGUUCCCUCCCUUCCCCCCCCCAACGUCUGGCCCGGACCUGGGGAAAGCAAACAUCGUCACCCCCAGCUCCAUUUCAUCAUCUGGUUCUCCUCUCACGCCGCGAUGAGCAACUGCUCGACCAUGCUGUUAAAAGCCAAGCAUUCCGUCUUCGUCUCGCUCUUUUCCUUCUUCCUCCACCCAUAAAAUAUCCACCUUCAAUUACUCACUCUCUCUCUCUUUUCCUCCCUCUCUCUAUCCUUCUUCUACUUUUCUUCUUGUGUUGUUCAUGUACUUCACAAAAAAUCUGCAACCAUGCCGAUAAAGUCUCCCUUUGAGUCCUCCAUCGCAAAGCCUGGUCAUGGCAAGGUGGUUCUCUCUCUCCUCCCACCAGCAAAUCCCUCUCUCACGACCCUCACCUAUAAAUACCCUCUCAAACUCCUCACUCGUGUCCCCGGCUUCGUUCCGCAGAACGCCGCUCUUUCAAAAUGUCCCUCCAACCCCGUCCACCUCUACCUUCUCACCUACGGCGGAGGCCUGCUACCAGGCGACCACAUUUCGGUCUCCAUUACCCUCGAAGCUCACACCCGUAUGGUCGUGACAACACCACAAGGGAGCACCAAGAUUUUCAAAACUGAGCCCAUCAGCAUGAAGGGCCACCGCAGCACUCUCAAACACUCUCUCUCCGACAAGAGUCGGCAAACAUUAGACGUGCACGUUGGCGAGGGUGCUGCCCUCUGCUAUCUGCCAGACCCAGCUGUGCCAUACAAAGACAGUCGCUAUGAGCAAGUCCAGACCUUCACUGUCGACGGUCUAAAUAAGAGCAGUCUUUGCAUUCUCGACUGGGUGACAGAGGGCCGGACGUCCCGUGGUGAGAGCUGGGACUUCCAUCUCUGGCGAGGCAAGAACGAGGUAUGGACUACAACAACAGACGGGAAGGGAGCACCACCAAAGAAGAAGCUGCUGCUCCGGGACUCGCUCAUUCUCGAUGACGAGGUUGACGUGGCCCUUCUUGACAAUGGAGUGGACACAUGCCACCAUAGUGAUCUGUUACGGGAGCGUACCCGACCGCACGGGGUCGUGGGGACCUUGAUUCUUUACGGGCCAGUCUUUGAAAAGCUCGCGUCUUUCAUCAUGGACCGGUUCUCCUCGCUACCGAGGAUUGGCGCAAGGAAUUGGGCCUCCUCGGCGCCGGCCGCUAUGGAGUCCACGCCCAACUAUGAUUCCCAAGUGACAUUCACGGCAGCACGGGUGCGUGCCGGGUUUGUGCUGGUGAAGUUUGGCGCGAAGGAAUUUGCAACGGCCAAGGAUUGGCUGGGUGGGAUUCUGCGCGAGGAGGGUACGGUGUUCCGCGAGUUCGGUGAGGAAGCGUUAUUUUGUAUGUGACUCCCUAUUCACAUAGGGGUCUUAUUUUUCAUACAUACUACGUCCUUCUGCUCGUCCCUCGGGAGGGACUAGCCAGUUAUCUUUUCUGUUAUUUUUUACUAUCUUCAUAGAUAGAUGAUACCCGGAUCACGUAUCCCCCGAAACAGACAUGUUUCCAAAUCAAACAGUUACCUUUUUUUUCCAC